UUUACUUUCGUCAGAAAGUAUAACGACCAGCUGGGUCAACAAAGUGGCUGAUUCUUGGAUUGCCGUUGGCCGGAUCUUUUCGUGGUUGAGAAAAGACUGUCGAUAGAGCUUGCUGGCUCUUCUUUUAAACACUACUGGCACGAGGAAGGUCUUCGUGACUGAUGGAUGGUGAGGAUGGUUCAGAUCAGCACGACGUGUAAGCGAAUGUUCCUGGGUCUUGUCGUCAUCAGCAGCGUCAUGGUCGUCACCCUCAACUACCUCAAGCUCGUCGACGUCCACGGCUACAUGACGAUGACGAGGAAGGGUGUGUACACGUUGCUGGUGGAACAUGGACCAGCCAACCUGAGCAGGACUCGGAACGUUGACGUUAAUAGUGACAGAAGCAGUUUGGAUUCCACCACGACGCAAUUACCGCUUACAACGCACACGACGCAAUUACCGCUUACAACCCACAUAACGCAAUUACAGCUUACAACCCACACGACGCAGGUAUCGCUUACAACCCACACGACGCAGUUACCGCUUACAACCCACACGACGCAAUUACCGCUUACGACCAACACGACGCAAUUAUCGCUUACAACCCACACGACGCAAUUAAAGCUUACAACCCAGAAGACGAUUUCACUAUGUCCAGAAAAACCAGCCAACUAUGGAAAAGGGACAUAUUUCCCCAUUACGUUCGACAAUAUCACACUGCAUGAUCUAAAGUUGAAAUACAAGCCUUUUGACAGUUCGGGCAGGUUCAAACCUCCCGACUGCCUAGCCCGGAAGAAGGUAGCAGUUAUCGUUCCUUACAGAGACCGAGAGCGCCACCUGUACAUACUUCUCAACAACCUGAUCCCUUUUCUCCUUAAUCAACAAACUGAAUUCACGAUUUUUGUUAUAGAACAGACAAAUGACACAAUAUUCAACCGGGGCUUGUUGCUAAACGUGGGUUUUGUGGAGGCGCUCAAACAAGACAACUACUCCUGUUUCAUCAUGCAUGAUGUCGACUCCAUGCCGGAAGUGAACGACAACCUCUACCGCUGUUCCAGUAACCCGGUUCACAUGUCGACGGCUAGCAGCAAAAACAAGUUCAAACUACCGUAUCGCAGUUACACUGGAGGGAUUGUAGGUUUCACAAAAGAACAGUAUGAAAAAAUUAAUGGAUUUUCUAACCGGUACUUUGGUUGGGGUGGAGAAGACGAUGACGUAGAAAUCAGAAUUAAACACAAGAGUAUGAGAGUUGAGCGACUGCCUUACAAAGUGGGGCGGUACCAGGCUAUACCACACGAACCAGACAAGGGGAACCCGCCCAACCCAAACAAGGGAAAACUUUUUAGAGGCCUGACGAAGAGAAUUCCAACGGACGGCUUUUCUUCUUUACAUUAUACUUCAGAAGUGCAACACAAACAGUUGUACACGUGGAUACUUGUUCAUAUUAACAUGACGUUUCAUGAGGUCAAGAUCAGCUGAUAUCAUCUUUAAAAUAUAGCAUGCUUCAUCAUUUCCAUCUGUGCUAAACAUUUGAUAAUAAGAUCGUGUUGUUUAGUUGGUGUUUGGUGACAUAAUAUGUAUAUUGUGUUAUAUAAGACGUAAAUCAUGUGACAUAAUAUCGUUGAAGCGUAGUUGUGUUCACAAGUUACCAAUUAUUAUCAAAUUUAUAUCCCGAGUGAAAUAUGUUCACUUGUCGGGGUUAGGCCAUCGGACAUAAGGCUGGUUGGUACAGGGUUCGCAGCCCGGCACCGGCUCCCACCCAGAGUGAAUUUUAACAACUCGGUGGGUAGGUGUAAGGCCACUACACC